AUGAACGAGUCGACGAUCAACAACAAGGCGGCCGCCCUUUGGAUCUACGACACCUUCGGCUCAAAAAAAAAAGCCUUGAAAUCCCUGCCUGGUGUUAAGGACGUCGUCGUGAACAUCGAGGCCGACGCCAAAGGCCGGUGGACCUUCGCACCGAGCGGUGCCGUGACCGAAGCCCACACGAUGGUCGCCACGACUUUGACGACCCGUUCCAACGCCUUCCCGAAGAAGGAGCGGCUCGUCAUUCUCUCGCAUCUCAAGGCAUUUACAAGCUUGGAAAUCCGACCCUUGGCCAUGGCAUUCACAAACCACACCAGACAAGCCGGCAAACGCAAGGAGACGGGCUUGCCGCCAUUCUCGCCGGGCCCACUCGCCAAGAAACCCAAGCUUGCACAUGCAGCUCAACAGUCCGAGAGCACCACGGCCCAAGAGGUCGUCGCACCGGCUUCGCCGACGACUUUUUUCGGCUUUGACACGCUGGCGCCGCUUGUCACGGCCCAAGAGGUCGUCGCACCGGCUUCGCUGACGACUUUUGUCGGCUUUGACACGCUGGCGCCGCUU